AUGGUGCGGCUUAGGUCAACUAACACAAAGAAGAUACAGUUCACUCAACGAUUGCCUUUGGGUUCCGAACUCCAUAUGGGGAAGGAACGUUGUUGUUUGCGGGGUCUCGAUCAUUUACAUGGACCCACUUUUCAUUCCAUUUGUGGGAAUUUGAUGAUCUAUAAACCGUCCUUAACGAACGAUCGGCUCAUCUUUGAGCAUGAUGAAUCACUUCGUGCCGACCUGUUGUCAAUAAACUUUUGGGCCUCAUAUGAGAAUGGAAAACUGGAGCAUUUUCUGCAUCGGUGGAUGAAGAAUCGCGAACAUCCAAAUUUCUGGUUAAGCAUGUUCCCAGAAAAAAGAUACUUUCGAGAAACAACGAGCACGACUGAAGUGGCUAUCCAUACAAAUCCAUUUACGGAUCUAUAUGCUUCGAUUGGAACUGGAAGUUCAAGAACAGGCGGCUGGUAUACUACCAUAAUGAAACUGCCUUUUCUUUUUUUUAUUCGGAUAGGAUUUCUGUUGGCUUCGCUGGGAGGCUCGCGUAGUUUGUUACGUCAACUCCAAAAGGAGAAAUUGCGUUGGAAUUGA